UUCAAGUGGUUGGUUAUGUAUUCCAGGGAAUUAAAUUGUUGGAAUCAAAACUUGGUUUUGAUUUGCACUCUGACUCAAAGGUUGGAUCUUGUAAAUCGUGGAAGAACUUCAGCACAUUACCAUACGCGGGUAUGCUGGAAGAGAGAAACCAAAGAAAAUGAUGAAAAUAAUGAAGAAGAAGAAGAAGAAAAAGAAGAUGGUAAUGGAGAAGACAAGGUGUUCGACGUUUUUACAUUGAGAAAAAUGGUAAAGUCUGAAAGAAGGAAAGCAAAAUGUGCUGAAGUAGAGCUUGAGAAGGAAAGGAUGGCUUCAGGUAGUGCAGCGGAGGAGGCCAUGGAUAUGAUUCUGCAUCUUCAGAAGGACAACACCAUGACCAAGAGGUGGCUGCAAUGGCUGGUUUCGAAACAAGAGAUGUCAUCAGAAAGUGUUGCUUUGGAAGAUAAACUGGGAUUUGGUGGUCAAACUUGAAGCAGUUUAUGAUGAUGAACAAUGGAGACUCCUCUAAAGACGAGACAUCAACUUGAAGCUCUCCUAAUACUCACUUUAGUUGAGAUACGGCCGUUUAACGGCAAAUGUUAGUGAGUGGUUU